ACAUGGUCCGCCCUCUGACGACGAUACACGGCAUUAAAUCAGGAAUAAACUUUUAACGAAAACAAAGAUGGCGGCCGUGUCCGUCGAGAAGAGCAUUCGUCGUUUAAAUGCAGUUAUUCAUAAUCAUUACAUAAGUUUAUUUUUGGCUCGAAGCUUUUCUGUUACUGCCGGACAGAAAUUACAAAAGACUAAAUUUGGACCUUUGAAAGAUGAAGAUAGAAUAUUCACAAAUUUGUAUGGACGUCAUGAUUGGAAGCUUAAAGGAGCAUUAAGCAGAGGAGAUUGGUAUAAAACAAAAGAGAUUUUACUGAAAGGAGAAGAAUGGAUUUUAAAAGAAAUUAAAACAUCAGGAUUGAGAGGAAGAGGCGGUGCUGGUUUUCCAACAGGAAUGAAAUGGAGUUUUAUGAAUAAACCUUCAGAUGGAAGACCAAAAUACUUGGUGGUUAAUGCUGAUGAAGGGGAACCUGGAACGUGUAAAGAUCGUGAAAUUAUGCGCCACGAUCCCCAUAAACUAAUAGAAGGAUGUUUAGUUGCUGGAAGAGCAAUGGGUGCUCGAGCAGCAUACAUAUAUAUACGAGGAGAAUUUUAUAAUGAAGCAUCGAAUAUGCAAGUAGCAAUUCAAGAAGCUUAUAAUGCAGGAUUAAUUGGAAAGAAUGCUUGUGGUUCAGGUUAUGAUUUUGAUGUAUAUGUACAUCGUGGUGCAGGGGCUUAUAUCUGUGGAGAAGAAACAGCUUUAAUUGAAUCCUUGGAAGGUAAACAAGGUAAACCUCGUUUGAAACCUCCGUUUCCAGCUGAUGUAGGAGUCUUUGGUUGCCCUACUACUGUUGCUAAUGUUGAAACUGUAGCUGUUGCUCCAGAUAUUUGUCGAAGAGGAGGGGAAUGGUUUGUGUCAUUUGGAAGACCACGAAACAGUGGAACAAAAUUAUUCAAUAUAUCCGGUCAUGUUAAAUAUCCUUGUACCGUCGAAGAAGAAAUGUCAAUUCCGUUGCGUGAACUUAUCGAACGGCAUUCUGGAGGAGUUAUUGGUGGAUGGGAUAAUUUGCUUGGAGUUAUACCUGGUGGAUCUUCUACUCCAGUUAUACCAAAACAUGUAUGUGAUAAUGUUCUAAUGGAUUUUGAUGCAUUGAUUGAAGUACAGUCUGGAUUAGGAACUGCUGCUCUCAUUGUGAUGAACAAACAGACAGAUAUUAUAAAAGCUAUUGCUCGUUUAAUAGAAUUUUACAAACAUGAAAGCUGUGGUCAGUGUACUCCAUGCAGAGAAGGUGUUGGAUGGAUGAAUAAAAUAAUGGCAAGAUUUGUGGAUGGAAAUGCAAAAACAGAUGAAAUAGAUAUGAUUUAUGAGCUAAGCAAACAGAUUGAAGGUCAUACUAUUUGUGCUCUAGGAGAUGGUGCAGCAUGGCCUGUACAGGGGCUGGUUCGACAUUUCAGACCCAUUAUUGAAGAACGGAUUGCAGAAUUCAAUGCCAAGAACAAAGAAAAAUAUGGUGUAAAGCAAUGAAGAACUUGUUUCUGUAGAGACUGUUUAUUUAAUUUUUUAAUAUAUUAUUGGAUGUUGUUACCUAUUGAAAAGUAAGUUUGGUAGAUUUUAUCAUUGGACCAGAAACAGAGUAAAUAAAACCAUUAGUAGACCA